UUAAAAGCGCGAUUACAAUUUCAUUCCAUAACCCCUGCCACCCCAAUACAGCUUGAACGCACUCACACACUCUACGUUUUUUUCAUACGAAAUAUAGUCAAUUAAUAUUGAGACUCGCAUUGUUGUCCAUAAUUAAGAGUCUAUAAUACUCGACACACUGUCAAGAGAUAAGAGUACAGAGUCGGGAUAUUGCAAUAUUGUAUCCAACACCCGUCAUUGUAUCCAUUAUUAUUCAACAUCGAAGGACAGUGAGCGUGAAGGUCCAGAAGAAAGGAAUUGUCUUCGACUGUACACGAAAUAAUAUCUCCAUUGGCAACAGUUGGCAGUCGAUUACUAUUAGACAUAACAGGAUAUCCUAAGUGUUCGUCGUGUGCGUUCGUGAACCGCGAAGAGGAACUGCGCACUGCGGCUUCCCCGGGAGUGAAAAUCAAGCCAAGGAUUUGGGGGAAAUCAAACGGAACCCUUUGCUGGGCUCCUUACGCUCCUCUCACCCACCCACUUCUUCUACCUCUUCCUCCUCCUCUCUCUCUCUCUGGUGUGUGAUGGCGCUGUGUGUGUGAGCCAUGGGCCCCUCUCCGACCACCCUGUCCAAGCUCAAGCUGGGGAAGCUGCGUGUGGUGCGCCGGCGGCUGCUACAGCGCUACGAGCACCAGCCCUAUGUCUCGUGCCUGGCCGGCCUCUACGGCUGUCAAUGGAGACGUUACCAGAGGACCCGCGCGACACCGGGAGAAUGCUGCUGCAGCAAGUUGGAGUGUGUCAGCUUUGCUCUCCUCAUCAUGACUUUCUGUCUCACGCUGGUCUUCCUCUACUUCUGGAGUGAAGCUCAGAAUGACUACAAUGAUUUUGACUGGUUUAACUUUGGGAACCUAGGAUUCUGGUUCCCCUGGUCUGUGGUGUUGCUGGUCAUUGCUGCCGCUUUCUUCAGCUACGUCACUCUGCUGCUGCUGUUGGCUGUGUGUCUGCUGUCAGAGGGACAGAAGCUGUACCUACACUGGGGCCACAAGAUUGGCAUCCUGGUGACUCUAGCCUUCUCCAUUGUGGCCACAGCAGUUCUGUCUGACCUAUGGAGCAAAGAGUGGACCACUCUCCUCCUCUCUUUCCAGGUGACGGCGCCAUAUUUGCAUGUGGGAGGAGUCUUGUUGAUGACACUGCUAUCCUGGCCAAUAGCCUUACAUUUCUUCCGCAUCAAUAAGAAAGUAGGGCGGACGCUCAUCAUGGGGCUGUACCUGGCAGUUCUGUGUGCCCUCUACUUAGUGCCCCUGGGCAUGUACUCACCCUGCCUCAAAAAAGAGGGUGCUCUGGGCCCCGCUCCAGCCCUCAUUGGGCACAGAGGGGCACCCAUGCUUGCUCCAGAGAACACUCUCAUGUCCUUUGAGAAGGCAGUGGAGGCUGGUGGGGAAGGUCUGGAGACUGACAUCACCAUCAGCUACGACGGGGUGCCCUUCCUGAUGCACGACCGCACCCUGAGGAGGACUACCAACGUGCAGAAGGUGUUCCCCAACCGGACGGAUGCCCCUGCGGCCAUGUUCACCUGGGGAGAGCUGGAGACCCUCAACGCCGGGGACUGGUUCCUCUAUCGCGACCCGUUCGGCACGGCCUGGUCUCUGGGCGCCGAGGACCGGGCGCAGGCACAGAACCAGUCUGUAUGCACCCUCAGGGACUUCCUGGAACUGGCAGCCCAGAGGGGCAAACAGGUGAUCUUUGACCUCUACCGCCCCCCUCGGGGCCACCCCUACAGGGACACCUGGAUCACACGCACCCUCGAGGUCAUCCAGAACGAGUCCUCCAUCCACUCACACCAGGUGCUGUGGCUGCCCCCAGACCUGCGGAGCCUGGUCCAGAAGAUGGACCCUGACCUCCAGCAGACCUCUGGGUCCUGGAGUCCAGUGGAGGAGCUGCAGCAGAACCACAUCGUCCAACUCAACCUGCACUACAGCUCCAUGUCUACAGAGAUGAUCAGUGAGUAUGCGGCGGCUAACAUCAGCACCAACCUGUAUGUGAUCAGCCAGCCGUGGCUCUACUCUCUGGCCUGGUGCUCCGGGGCUCAGUCUGUCACCACCAAUUCCCCACAGCUCCUCUACAAACUCACCAGACCCCUUUUCCUCAUGACUCCAGAUGAGUACAAUCUGAUGUGGGUCCUCACCGAUGUGGUGUCCUUCAUCCUCAUCCUCAUCAUCUUCAUCUUCCACUGGUGGCGAGAACGAGGCUUGGCUUUCUAUUCGGGCAGCAAACCCACACUAGAACACGGCAUCUACAGCAAGUUCAGGACAGAGAUGAGUGAUGUGUGGUCCGUCUCCAGUGUCAACAUCCUGGGAGCGCCUGCUGGAAGCCCUCUAGCCACUGAGCCUAACCUGGCGACCGUUUCAGAGCACUGAGAACCAACCAACCAAUCUCCUCUGUGAGGCUCAUUUCAAACAAACCAUUCCUCCCCCUCACUCUCACAACACCCCUGGGCCCAACCUGGCAUCUCACCAGGACUCAACCUGGUAACCCGAAGCUCAACCUGUCAACCCCUGUAACUUUUAGUGAGAAUGAGAAAUAGUUCAAUGAUGUGAGGCCUAUAAGUGGCGCUGAUGUUGUGUCACUUGCAGAAAGGAUUUCAUUGCAUAGAAAUGAAUCCGUAAAUCCCAGAUUAAAGCUCACACAGCCUCAAGGACCAUAACCAACUCUUCACACGACAGACACCCUCUGAUGCUGGGAAGAGAUGACUACACUAUUGAACCAGGCCCAUGGAAAUGGAUUACUCACUGCAUUAAUAUCAGAAAAAAAAGAGACCUUCCGCUGUAGAUAUUCUCCAUUUAUUUUGCCCUCCAUGGGUUCCUUUCCAUUUCAGCAGCCACUGCAGUGUUGAGUUACGUGAAUUACAAACACCUUACCAUUUCCUCACUGUGUGAGAGUAGUGGUCGAUAAGAUGUGUGCAUAUGACCAGACUGGAGUUCAAUUAGUACGUGUUUGUUUUGUUUCGAAUACUUAUGCUGUGCUUGAUUGAGCUUUCCUGGCAUUUAGGGAACUAAUGAAGUAGUCACAAAAGUGCAAACUCCACCCAUCUGGAAUCUGGCACUCUAAUCAAAUGGUCAAAUUAUUGCAAAGAAAAAUGAAUACUAUUAGAACCCAGGUUUGAAUAUGACACGAUGAUUCUAUGUUUAUUUUUGGAGAUAAAUGUAUGUGUUUGAUUGUAGUCUGUUUAUAAGCACUUUUAGAGCAUUAGGCGGUGUAAUGAGGUGACACCCAGAGAACCUUGCAACAUACUGUAUAAUCACUGCAACAACAUAACAGUGACCUACUGAGAACAAUUAGACUGUGUAUUUCCAUGGUCCAUAUUGAGUUCAUUGUUUUUAACAAAUUUGUUUCGUCUUUUCAACACAAAUGAAAAUCCUUCUGGCAAGGAUUAAAAAAAACAAAUGUUAUACAAUGUUUAGUCCUUUUGGCCAGAUUAUAGAAGAACUCUUACAUCUCCCUACAGUUGAUUCUGCCUCAGCUUUACUGUGCCAAAUCAAUGUGAAUAAUGCCAACUUCAGCUCUGGUAGCUGAGAGAAUGUUUUUUCUAAUAAUUACUAUUGAACCUGUUAGAUUCCAUUAUGACUGACGGCAUAUUGAUGAGUAACUCAUCACAAAGCUACGGUGGUCCGAAAGGGCAAGGUAGCUUCUAAAAGCCACCGUACAAAGCCUUAGGAAUACCUACAAAAGAAAAGUAUGUUCUGCCAAAGAAUCACAGUAUAGAUACAGUACAAUUCUGAUUUGUCAUCUACGUACGACACCUGUAGUGUUCUCUUGGUCGUAAGAUCGUCUUCGUUCUAUCUGAUUUAGAGACAUUUAAGAGCUGUAUGUUUUAGUUACUCUUCCGAUUGUAACAGGAUGACAUAUCAUAUUAAAAAGACCAUUUUCAAACAUG